CCACUACCACUCCACGCCCGCUCUUCAAGUCUUUCUAACUGCCAUUUUUCUCCUAUAAAAUCUCUUUAACAAAUAACAAUAAACCUCUCUCUUCACUUUCUCUCUCACAUCACACAUCCCGAGAAAAAGCUUAGAAGCAGCAUCAACAAUGGCCUCUAUCAAAAAAGUUCACAUGAUUACCAAAAUUGUUCGCCUUAAACAAGUCGUUAAGCGAUGGAAGGACAACUCUCUUCGUCCUCGUUCCGUUCUCUCUUACUCCUCUUCCGAUUCCGACGAACCAGCGCAACCUGAUUUGAACUGCAACCGCCGCCGUACGCCGUCCGGUUCAUUGGCGGUUUACGUAGGGGUUGAUGAAAAUGAGCGGCGCCGGUUUGUGAUUCCGACUCGAUUUCUGAAUCUGCCUGUGUUCAUUUCGUUACUUGAUAAGGCGGAGGAGGAGUUCGGGUUUCAACCUACCGGAGGAUUGGUUUUGCCCUGUGAGGUUGAGUUGUUCUUGGAGAUUCUGAGUCUGCUUGAAAUUGAUGAACAGAGAUUCGGUGUUUUAGGGUUAGAUGAGAUUUUGAUGGUGAUUUCUGAUUCGGGUUUAGAUCAGUCUUGUAAAGAAGCUGCUUCACAUGGAUUUACUCCUCUGCUUCAGAAGGCUAGGGUUUAACCCGACCCGACCCGACCCGGUAUUCGAGGAGGAAGAUUUAGGUUUUAGGGUUUUAUUUUUUACCUUUGGCCUAACCAACCUUGUGGAGAUUUGUAGGAUUUUUUUUUGUUUGUUAUUUUUCAACCAUUUGUGAACCCAGAAAUUUGGUUUUAUGAAGGUUUGCUGGGUUACAAAUAGAUGUUGGUGAAUUUUUCUUUCCUUUUUUACCCCUUACACUAUUAGGGGUGACAAGCUGAUGAUGAUUAUUGUUUUUGUUCUUAUUAUUACUAUGAUGAUGAUGGAAAAUAGCUUGAAAAUUUAUGAAAUAUUCUAGUAAUUGA